AGAUGUUGGCUACAAACUUCUGGGAAGACCUACCCAUGGACUGGGUGCCUGCUGUCUUUUAAGAAGAGAAACAUUGCAACGGCACAUACUGUGAUGGACCCUCAGAAUACUGCUAUGUUAGGGUUGGGCUCUGGUUCUGAAGGGUUUUCUGGGAAAAGCCCCUCUACAGUUGCCACGGGUGCAACAGGAGUUAGGAGAGAAACAGAGCUAGAUGGUAAUGCAAAGGAGGAAGAGGAGGAGAAGAAGAGGAGUCGUGAGAAGAGCGGCAGCGAUGGGGUUGGCAAGGAUGGAAAUCUGUCAGAUGCCCAGCAGCAGUUUUCUGUGAAGGAAACAAACUUUUCAGAAGGGAAUUUAAAACUGAAAAUUGGCCUCCAGGCUAAGAGAACUAAAAAACCUCCCAAGAAUUUGGAGAAUUAUGUCUGUCGUCCUGCCAUAAAAACCACUAUUAAACAACCCAGGAGGGUGCAGAAAGUUGUGAAGAUGAGUGAGGAGAAGAACGAUCCUGGAUCUGCAAAGCAAGACCCGUCAAAGCUGUACAAGAAAAGCGGAGAAGCUGGUGCAACGGUUGAAAGCUUGCUUGCUGAUAGCAGAACAAGAGAAAGCAGCCCAGCUUUGAAGAAGCUUUCCCCACUGCGUUCAGAAGGGGCAGAGUAUGGGAAAUCAGUCCUCUCCGCUCCGGUCAGUGGCCGUGAUCCAGACUUGAAAGAGAGAGCCCAGGCCAACGGAGCACCGACGGUAACAGAGAAACUGGCCCAGCUUAUAGCCACCUGCCCUCCAGCAAAGUCUUCCAAAGCAAAGCAGAAGAAGCCACCCAUGACCAUCGUAUCUGGAUUCGCUAAGGAUUCCGGAAAGAAGCCGCCAGUGGUUGGGGCCACAGCAUCUUCUGUUGGCAAGGACUUCCUAAAGAAACCAUCUGGAAGUGGCAUGAUCGGCCUUGAUUUGGGCAACAAGGAGUUUGCAAAGAAACCACCAGCGACUGGUGGUGGUGGUUUAAUUAGUAAGGAAAAUGGGAGCAAAAAGCAGCCAGGAGCCUGCCCAAGCACGGUUGGGCUCAUUAACAAGGAUUGUGGGAAAAAGCCACCGGUCCUUAACUCUCCAGUGGGACUGGUCAGCAAGGAAGCUGGAAGGAAGCCGCUUGUGACAAGCAUGCCAGUCGGAAUGGCCAGCAAAGACGCUGGAAAAAGGCUGCUUGGGACCAGCAGUCCUAUCGGACUGGUGAAUAAGGAACCUGGGAAAAAAUUGCUAGGCAUCGUCAGUCCACCCGGAUUGAUUAAUAAAGACUCAGUAAAAAGGCUUCCGUUGCCAGGGAGUGCAGCUGGAUUAUUUAAUAAGGACGUUGCAAAGAGACACCUGGGGUCCGACAGCCCUGUCGGAUCAGUUAUCAAGGACUCUGGAAAGAAGCCGCCAGGUUUCGGUACCUCAAGCGGAUUGAUUAACAAAGACUCUGGAAAGAAGCCUUUGGGGGCCAAUGGCCCAAUUGGGUUGAUGGUUAAAGAGUCUGGAAAGAAGCCUUUGGGGAUGGGCAUUAUGGUCUCUUUGACUUCGAAGGACUCUGGAAAGAAAUUGGCAGGGAGCACCAAUUUAUGUGGGCUAGCCAGCAAGGACUUGGGGGCUCUGAAAGCUGAUACCGCUAACCCUCCUGCCGAGCCUUACAAGCGGUGUUGUGGCAGCAACCUGGUGACCCUGGAAAGCCAUGUCCCUACAGGCCUUCUGAAGGACGGGGCCGGCAGUAAACCUUUUGAAAAGCACGCGGCGAGACCGAAUAAAGACAGCAUCCCCGAAAAGUUGCCGGUACAACGAGAAGUUUCCGGUGGAGGCAAAGAAGGGGUCUGCAGUCAGCAAGAUAGCUCCUCCAGUGAAAGGGGGACUUCCGAAUCGUCGAAGCAAGAGAAACAUCUCCCAGUGUAUUGCACUUCUCCUGAGUUCAGGACAGCAGGAGGCGCAUCGGAUAUGUCUACUGCCAAGUCCCCGUUCAGUGCUGUGGGGGAGGGGGGUCUCCCCUCCCCCUCCCCAACCGCAUCUGUCACUACUUUAACCCACAGCCCCACCACGACUUUGUCUCACGUAGCUCCCAACCCGCUGCAUUCAAACAACACGCCUGAGCUCUUAGACGGCCUUUCCGGGCAGAGCAGCAAGACUCCGUCUGCCUCCGACGGUGCACGCUCCGGUAUGAACAGGCUGGUGAAUCCUGGGUUGUACGCGACCAGCAAAGGGGUUUGUAGGGAGACAAGCAGUUCUAACUCUGCCUGCAUGGACGAUUCCAAACUGGGUCCUGCUAUAGGCAAAAAAGCCAGCACGGCCACUGAAUCAAACAUCCACGUUUCAAUCGCCCCUUCGGUGGUCAGCUUCUCCAGCUUGUUCAACAGUAAGCCCUUUCUAAAGAUGGGAGCUGUGAGUUCACUAGGGAAACCGAGGCAAGGCCUGGAGACCCUGAGGAGCAGCAGUAGCACUGACUCACAGAGCAAGCCCUUAAAGAAAAGGAAAGGGAGGAAGCCCCGUUGGACUAAAGUCGUGUCGAGGAGCGCCUGUCGGUCUCCCAAAGAUCUCGAGUUAGGAAGGCCCGAGCUUUUAAAAAACCUUUCUUGCGGCGUGCUGUCAAACAGUAGCCUGGAUCAGGCCAAGCUCUUUGAAAGCACAGGCCCACCUUCCUUUGCGGAGCAUGAGUUCCUCAAGCGUCAUUUGCCCAAGCUGAGCAAAACCAGCAGCAUGCAGUCUCUCUCUCUGCUCAGUAGCAUGGAGAAGGAAUCCAGUAAAUUUUACAGCAGCCACAUGCAGACUUCCAUGGGGUGCAUUUCAGACGACCUGUUCCCUGAAAUGUACAAGUCCAAAAGGGGUCGGUCAAAACCCAAAGAGAUGCCCCAGCUGGAAGGACCCCCCAAACGGACCCUGAAGAUCCCUGCCUCCAAGGUCUUUUCGGUGCAGUCAAAGGAAGAGCAAGAACCUCCCGUGUUGCACCCCGAAGUCGAAAUUCCUUCCCUUCGCCAGAGCCUCGUGGGGCAAGCCUUCCCGAAGAAGAGGGGUCGGCCGAAAAGGCAAAUCCGUCCGGGGGUCAAGAUGAAGCCCCCUGUUCUCUCCGCGGCCCCUUUUGUCACUGCCGAGAGUGCAGACAAGAUGGAGGCUACGAUCGACCAGCCGCCGAACGAAGACUUCUUCGAGAUGUCGAGCCAGCUAGGCGGUCCCGAGGAAAAUGGAGAGUCAAGUACCGGCAGCAUGACCGACCACGAGGGAGAACCGGACUGCAAGGAGAGCAAGCGCAACAACGGGCAGCUGGUGAAAACCAUCAUCCGGAAAAUCAACAAGAUGAAGACGCUGAAGAGGAAGAAGAUCUUGAACCAAAUCCUUUCGUCGACAGCAGCGGAACCAAAUAAGGGGAAAGUGCAAUCCAAACUCCACACAACGGUCUCGACGCUCGCGGCCACGUUCAGCACGAAACUCGGCCAGCAGAUCAACGUUAGCAAGAAAGGAACGAUCUAUAUAGGAAAGAGGCGUGGCCGGAAGCCCAAAGGUAGUCUGAACAGCCUUUUGGCUGCUGGUUCAGCCAGUUUCACUGUCCUCGACAAAUCAGCCCAACAGGCCGCAGGAGGAAUGCUGGGACAAGCGGGGCCUCCGUUGCUACCUUCAGGUCCAAGUAAUAACUCGGAGGUUCUUCCUUCACCGGUUUGUUCUCAGUCUUCUGGGACGAGCGGGGGGCAGAGCCCCAUCAGCAGCGACAUGAGCUUUGUGGAGCCCAAUUCAGUGCCGUAUCUGCAUCUCCACAGUAGGCAAGGGAGCGUGGUUCAGACCCUGGCCAUGAGGAAGGCCUCCCGAGCCAGGAGGAGGCUCUCCCCACCCACCCUCCUCCCCAACUCUCCAUCCCACAUGAGCGAGCUCAGCUCCCUGAAGGAAGCCACGCCAUCACCCAUCAGCGAAUCCCACAGCGACGAGACCAUCCCGAGCGACAGCGGGAUCGGGACGGACAACAACAGCACUUCGGACAGGGCCGAGAAGUUCGGCGGCCCGAAGAAGCGCCGGCACUCCUUUGACCACGUUUCCCUGGUGCCCCCGGAGACCUCGACUGUCUUGAGCAGCCUCAAGGAGAAACACAAGCACAAAUGUAAGCGCCGGAGCCACGACUACCUGGCCUACGACAAAAUGAAGAGGCAGAAGCGGAAGCGGAAGAAAAAGUUCCCCCAGCUGCGGGGCCGGCAGGACCCCGGUUUCCUCGCUGAGCUGGAGGAGCUGAUAAGCCGCUUGAGCGAGAUCCGCAUCACACACCGGAGCCACCAUUUCAUCCCCCGGGACCUGUUGCCCACCAUUUUCCGCAUCAACUUCAACAGCAUCUACACCCACCCCACCUUCUCCCUGGAUCCUUUGCACUACAUCCGGAAGCCAGACUUGAAGAAGAAGAGGGGCCGUCCCCCCAAAAUGCGGGAAGCCAUGGCGGAAAUGCCCUUCAUGCACAGCCUCAGUUUCCCCCUUUCCGGCACAGGAUUCUACCCCUCCUAUGGAAUGCCUUACUCUCCUUCGCCUCUCGCUGCUCCCAUUGGCUUGGGCUAUUACGGACGGUACCCCCCCACCAUUUACCCUCCUCCCCCCUCUCCCUCUUUUACGACCCCACUUCCCCCGCCAUCCUACAUGCAUGCGGGCCAUCUGCUCCUCAACCCUGCCAAGUAUCACAAGAAGAAACAUAAGCUGCUGCGCCAGGAGGCCUUCCUCACAGCCAGCCGGGCCCCCCUUCUCUCUAUGAGCACCUACCACCCCAGCGUCCCGCCCGAGAUGGCCUACAGCUGGAUGCUGGAACACAAGCACCGUCACCGUCACAAGCACCGCGAGCACCGCUCCUCGGAGCAGCCCCAAGUCUCCAUCGAUGCCUUGGCGCCCACGGGCUCUUCGCGGACCGUCUUGGAGUCCUUGAAGCGUUACCGGUUUGGGAAAGAGGCCGUGGGCGAGAGGUACAAGCAUAAGGAGAAGCAUCGCUGUCACAUGACUUGCCCGCACUUGUCCCCUUCCAAGGGCCUGCUCGGCAGAGAGGAGCAGUGGGCCCGAAGGGAGCCAGCGGAAGCAACCCCCCUUACCUUGGGAUUACCGACACCUUUGCAGAUAGACUGUUCAGAUUCUCCCCCCAACCUCCCGUUGGGGAGGUUCACUCCAAGUUCUGAGCCAGCCAGUAGUGAUGAACACACCAACCUUUUUACCAGUGCAAUAGGCAGCUGCCGUUCCACUGGCACUGCUGGUGCCAGUGGGCGUAAGAAACUGUCUGAGGGCUCAGGACUUUUCAGCCCCCAAGAAGCAUCGCUCAGCCGACCCCUCCGAAAGGAGACCUUACCUCCUAUUGAGAAGGCCGUGCAAGCCCUUUCAGGCACCCUUCCAGUUCAGGAAAAGCUCUCGCAGAGAUCAGUGGAGGGCACCAAUUCCAGCCCUUCCAGGAAGAGGUCUUCAUCUGAGAGCACAUCUUCCACAGGAGUUGGGAUCCCCGCCCGAAGUACAAGACUGGGCCCUGGCCUGGAGGAUCCUGCGGAUAAUCUUCUGCAACGCAUGACUCACCAUGAGAGCCAGGGGGCGUUGGACAAGACCCUCGAGUCUGUCAUGGCUAACGCGCCUGCCCUGCCCUUGGACAGCCCCAGCCGAAGCCCCAGCCGGGAGAAGUCGAGCGAGCUCUUGAUCCCCGGGAAUUCAGGCAGCGAGGGCAUCUCGCUCCUUUCCAGCCGGUUGUCGAGCGGCUGCUCCCCACACCACCUCAAGAGAAGCAUGGUGGAAGCCAUGCAGUGCCAGGCCCGGAAGAUGUGCAAUUAUGACAAGAUCUUGGCCACCAAGAAGAACCUGGACCACGUGAACAAGAUCCUCAAGGCCAAGAAGCUACAGCGACAAUCACGGACUGGCAAUAACUUUGUGAAGCGCCGACCCGGGAGGCCCAGGAAGUACCCCUCGACGCCAGCGGUCUCUGCGCACGUGCUCCAGGCCAGCCGAUUCAUCAGCCCGGACCUCAGCAGCCGGGAACCGGGCUGCCUCCUCCACCGGGGCCCCGACACCGUCACUGAUGCCAUCGAGUCGGUGGUUCAGGGCGUGAACGUGAAAGGCUCAAAGAGGAAGAGGUGGUUGGAAGAGGAGCAGGCCCGGAAGAAGCAGAAGCCUCUCCCCACCGAUGAGCAGGAGAGCCAUAAAAGGUGAGCCCUUUGGAGGCGAGGGCUGCCUGGGAAUAGAACUGCUGCUGGGAAGCCACGUGAGCCGGAGAGUGUCGAACAGCCUCCAGCCCCCCUUGUCCAGCGUGAGAAGAAAGCUCCGCGUCCUCCGAAAAAGAAGUACCAGAAGGCUGGGCUGUAUUCGGACGUGUACAAGACCACUGACCCCAAAAGCCGCCUGAUCCAGUUAAAGAAAGAGAAACUGGAGUACACGCCCGGAGAACAUGAGUACGGCUUGUUCCCUGCGCCUAUUCACGUAGGAAAAUACCUUCGCCAAAAGCGAAUAGACUUUCAGUUGCCUUAUGACAUUCUCUGGCAGUGGAAACAUAAUCAGCUGUACAAAAAGCCAGACGUCCCACUUUAUAAAAAAAUCCGUUCGAACGUUUACGUGGACGUGAAACCUUUGUCUGGUUACGAAGCCACCACUUGCAACUGCAAAAAACCUGAAGACAGUAGGAAAAGCGGAUGCUUGGAUGACUGUUUGAACAGGAUGAUCUUUGCUGAGUGUUCCCCCAAUACAUGUCCCUGCGGGGAGCAAUGCUGCAACCAGCGGAUUCAGAGGCACGAGUGGGUGCAGUGCCUCGAACGCUUCCGGGCUGAGGAGAAAGGUUGGGGCAUCCGUACCAAGGAGUCCCUGAAAGCCGGCCAGUUCAUCAUUGAGUAUUUGGGAGAGGUGGUCAGCGAGCAGGAAUUCAGGAACCGGAUGAUUGAGCAAUACCACAACCACAGCGAUCACUACUGCCUCAACCUGGACAGCGGGAUGGUGAUCGACAGCUAUCGCAUGGGCAACGAGGCCCGUUUCAUCAACCACAGCUGCAACCCCAACUGCGAGAUGCAGAAGUGGUCCGUCAACGGCGUCUACAGAAUCGGGCUCUACGCUUUGAAGGACAUGCCUGCUGGCACCGAGCUGACGUACGACUACAAUUUCCACUCCUUCAACGUGGAGAAGCAGCAACUCUGCAAGUGCGGCUUCGACAAGUGCAGGGGGAUCAUCGGAGGCAAGAGCCAGCGAAUGAACGGCCUGCUCAGCAAAGCCAACCAGACGGUCACGGCCCAGAGGCGGCCAAGCCGGUCCAAAGAGAAGAGGAAAUCCAAGCACAAGUUGAAAAAGAGGAAGGGCCACGUUCCUGAAGAGCCCAGUGAAAACUCAAGCCCCCCAACUCGGUUGACUCCCCAACUGCAGAUGAAGCCCAUGUCCAACAGGGAAAGGAAUUUUGUGCUAAAGCACCACGUUUUCCUGGUGCGCAAUUGGGAUAAGAUCCGGCAGAAGCAGGAGGAAGUCAAGCACGUCAGCGACAACCUUCACUCGCCCUCGCUGUACACCCGCUGGAAUGGGAUGUGUCGGGACGACGGCAACAUCAAAUCCGAUGUCUUCAUGACCCAGUUCUCCGCCCUGCAAACGGCCCGCUCGGUCAGGACCCGACGGUUGGCUGCCGCCGAAGAAAACCUCGAAGUUGCCCGGGCAGCCCGCCUUGCGCAGAUCUUCAAGGAGAUUUGCGACGGCAUCAUCGCGUACAAAGAUUCCUCCAGGCAAGUCCUGGCAACUCCUUUGCUGAUUCUUCCCCCGAAAAAAAAAAAUGCCGAUUACUAUGAGAAGAUCUCCGACCCCCUCGACCUCACCACCAUUGAGAAGCAGAUCCUGACGGGGUAUUACAAAACGGUGGAAGCUUUUGACGGGGAUAUGCUGAAGGUCUUCCGCAAUGCCGAGAAAUACUACGGCAGGAAGUCUCCGAUUGGGCGGGACGUCUGCCGCCUGCGGAAGGCCUACUACAACGCCCGCCACGAAGCCGCCACUCAGAUCGACGAGAUUGUGGGAGAGACGGCAAGCGAGGCGGACAGCAGCGAGACCUCCAUGUGCGAGAAGGAGAGCGGGCACGAGAAAGACGAGGACGUCAUCCGCUGCAUCUGCGGCUUGUACAAAGACGAAGGGCUCAUGAUCCAGUGCGACAAGUGCAUGGUUUGGCAGCAUUGUGACUGCAUGGGAGUGAACUCGGACGUUGAGCACUAUUUGUGCGAACAGUGCGAACCUCGCACGGUGGAUAGGGAAGUGCCAAUGAUUCCCCGGCCUCACUACGCUCAGCCCGGCUGCGUUUACUUCAUCUGUCUGUUACGGGAUGAUCUCUUGCUACGCCAAGGAGACUGUGUGUACCUGAUGCGAGACAGCCGAAGGACCCCCGACGGCCACCCCGUCCGGCAGUCGUAUCGCCUGUUGUCCCACAUCAACCGUGAGAGGCUCGAUAUCUUCCGUAUUGAGAAGCUCUGGAAAAAUGAGAAGGGGGAACGGUUCGCCUUCGGCCACCACUACUUCCGCCCACACGAAACGCAUCAUUCCCCCUCCCGGAAGUUCUACCACAACGAGCUCUUCCGGGUGCCGCUGUACGAGAUCAUCCCUCUGGAGGCCGUGGUGGGGACCUGCUGCGUGCUGGAUCUCUAUACUUACUGCAAAGGAAGACCAAAAGGGGUGAAGGAGCAGGAUGUGUACAUCUGCGAUUACCGCCUCGACAAGUCGGCCCACCUCUUCUACAAGAUCCACCGGAACCGCUACCCGGUGUGCACCAAAUCGUACGCUUUCGACCACUUCCCGAAAAGGCUGACGCCCAAGAGAGACUUCUCACCUCAUUACGUCCCAGACAACUACAAGAGGAACGGAGGCAGGUCCUCUUGGAAGUCCGACCGUUCCAAGUCCCAAAAUAAAGACCUGACCCAGGAGGAAGAGCCCCUUCCCCUUCUGGAAGAGGUGAUCGCCAACCCCGAGCAGCCUCCUGGCGAGCAGCCGGCCCACCCAGAGGAACCGGAGAAAGAGGCCCCUUCCCAGGAAAACGGCGAAGUGGAUAAAAAGGUGGAGGAGAGCAGCCCGGUGCCCAGAGGGCCUUGCACCCCGGAAGAACACCGGCACAUGCAGCGUGAGCGGCUGAACCAAAUACUUCUCACCCUCCUAGAGAAAAUCCCAGGAAAAAACGCCAUCGACGUCACUUACCUGCUGGAGGAAGGAUCGGGGAGGAAGCUGCGGCGUCGCACGCUGGUCCUCCCAGACAGCAGCUGCAGGAAGUGAGCCUGUGGCCCCGGAUGCAGGACGCCGAGUGGAGUUCUCCUGUGAGCCGGGCGUGAGACUGACCGCUGGGCAAGGCUUUGACCGCCUUCCCGCGCCUCUCAGCGAGCUUGGAGGAGGCGGCGGAGCAGAAGGAAACUGACGAAACGGUUCUGUAGCACUUAGGCCCUGCGCUUGGGCAGGCAAGCCGCCGCUCUCCCCCCCAAGGAGCGUGCAGCGCGAUGCGCGGGGAGCCCGGCAUGCCUUCUUGUCCCUGUUAAGGUACUAAAGGAAAACCUUGGGGUUUUUUGUCCUGGGGACGGUCACAGUUUUAAUUUAAUUUAUUGGGUUUUUUUUUUUUUUACCCCCCUGCCCCACCCCGCUCUGACGGCCGCGUUCAGAGGA